GCGAGCUCAGCGCCCGUUCUGUCACGAGCUCCGUCGGGGUACAGCGACCGAGCGAAAAGUCUCGUACAUUAUUGACGACUAAAUACAGCCCAGAGCCAUCUUUUUCUCCAGAAACAGGUCUGUCAGAUUAGUUCGUCAGCAAGCAGGAUCCCCCGUUGCCAUAUCGCGGUCAUUUGGGUGAUGUAUUCUAACAUUUGAUAGAGCUAGCCAGCUCGCUAGCUGUUUGGCUAGCUUGCCGUUCGUGACUCAAAGUCAGAGAGGUAUCAGUUGUUAUUUUAACACCAUCCAUCGACAUACAGGUGCGUUAUCAUAAACUAAAAACAACACGUUGGCUUGUUUUAUAAUUAGUCAGUGCCGCGACAUAAGCGUAAGUUACGCCUUUCCAUCGUUUUCCCCAUUGACGAGAGUUCACGGGAUUGAAUGAAUUAACGUUAGCCAACGGAAACAGCAGUCGCGCUGACUCCCCAGCCUCUCUCGCCCACUGCAUUCACCUCUUUUCUUUAUAAACACUCGCUGCUGCUUUAUUAGUGUGCGUUACGAGCGCUUACAGUUUAAUUCAGGACUAAAUUAGCAGCUCUAGUGUGAGUCCGUGUUAGUUAACUUAGCCCGCUAGCUCGGUGCAUUUGAACCCAAACCGCCGCCUGUUAAACCUGCACCUCUGAACAUCUGAAAGUCAUUUGUUUCGCGUUGAAGCCGGCUUGAAGAGAAAAAACGAGCAAACAUGCCGGCUGUGUCGAAGGGAGACGGAAUGCGAGGAUUAGCGGUGUUCAUCUCGGACAUCAGAAACUGUAAGAGUAAGGAGGCCGAGAUCAAGCGCAUAAAUAAAGAGUUGGCCAACAUCCGCUCAAAAUUUAAAGGAGACAAGGCUUUGGAUGGAUACAGCAAGAAGAAGUAUGUGUGCAAGCUGCUCUUCAUCUUCCUUUUGGGCCAUGAUAUUGAUUUCGGCCACAUGGAGGCUGUCAACCUGCUCAGCUCCAACAAGUACACUGAGAAACAGAUUGGAUAUUUGUUCAUCUCUGUGCUGGUGAACAGUAACAGUGAACUGAUCAGGCUGAUUAACAAUGCCAUCAAGAACGACCUGUCCAGCCGAAACCCCACCUUCAUGUGUCUGGCUCUGCACUGCAUCGCCAACGUCGGCAGCAGAGAGAUGGCCGAGGCCUUCGCCGGAGAGAUUCCUCGCAUCCUUGUGGCUGGGGACACGAUGGACAGUGUAAAGCAGUCAGCUGCUCUCUGUCUGCUCCGUCUGUAUAAGACCUCCCCAGACCUGGUGCUCAUGGGAGAAUGGACCUCUAGAGUGGUGCACCUGCUCAAUGACCAGCACAUGGGUGUGGUCACUGCUGCGAUCUCCCUGAUCACCUGUCUCAGCCAGAAGAACCCGGAUGAGUUCAAGACCUGUGUGUCGCUUGCUGUGUCACGACUCAGCAGGAUUGUGUCUUCAGCCUCCACUGACCUGCAGGACUACACCUACUACUUCGUUCCUGCUCCAUGGUUGUCCUGCAAGUUGCUGCGACUUCUGCAGUGCUACCCACCGCCUGAGGACGGUGCCGUGAAGGGACGGCUGGUGGAGUGUCUGGAAACUAUCCUCAACAAAGCCCAAGAGCCACCCAAAUCCAAGAAGGUUCAGCACUCCAAUGCCAAGAAUGCCAUCCUAUUUGAAGCCAUUUCUCUCAUCAUUCAUUAUGACAGCGAGCCGAAUCUUCUUGUGCGGGCAUGUAACCAGCUGGGACAGUUCUUACAGCAUAGAGAGACCAACCUGCGCUACCUGGCCCUGGAAAGCAUGUGCACCCUUGCCAGCUCCGAGUUUUCCCAUGAGGCAGUUAAAACGCACAUAGAGACAGUCAUUAAUGCCCUGAAGACUGAGAGGGAUGUCAGUGUGCGUCAGAGAGCUGCAGACCUCCUCUACGCCAUGUGUGACCGCAGCAAUGCCAAGCAGAUUGUCGCCGAGAUGCUGAGUUACCUGGAAACAGCCGACUACUCCAUCAGAGAGGAAAUGGUACUGAAGGUGGCCAUCCUGGCAGAGAAAUAUGCAGUAGACUACUCCUGGUAUGUGGAUACCAUUCUGAACCUAAUCCGCAUUGCUGGGGAUUACGUCAGUGAGGAAGUGUGGUACCGCGUCAUCCAGAUCGUCAUCAAUCGUGACGAUGUGCAGGGAUAUGCAGCCAAGACAGUCUUUGAGGCUUUGCAGGCUCCAGCUUGUCAUGAGAACAUGGUAAAGGUUGGAGGCUACAUCCUGGGAGAGUUUGGUAACCUUAUAGCAGGUGAUCCUCGCUCCAGUCCUUUGGUUCAGUUUAACCUGCUCCACUCUAAGUUUCACCUGUGUUCAGUGCCCACACGUGCCCUGCUGCUUUCUGCCUAUAUUAAGUUCAUUAAUCUGUUCCCGGAGACAAAGAGCACCAUUCAGGAAGUGCUGCGCUCUGACAGCCAGAUCAGGAACAGUGAUGUCGAGCUGCAGCAGAGAGCUGUGGAGUAUCUCAAACUGUCCUCCAUCGCCAGCACUGAUGUCCUGGCCACAGUGCUCGAGGAGAUGCCUCCAUUCCCAGAAAGAGAGUCGUCCAUCCUGGCCAAGCUGAAAAAGAAGAAGGGACCAGGAGCCGUGUCAGUGAACGAGCUAGAGGAGGGAAAGAGAGAGGCAGGAGAACUCAAUGGAGGGGGAGAGAGAGGAGGGGACAGCUCUGCCAUUGCUGCAUCUAAUGCUUCCACUCCGUCCCCAUCUGCCGAUCUGCUGGGGCUCCGUGCGGGUCACCCUGUUACUGCUGCCGCUCCCAGCGCAGGCAGCUUAUUGGUUGAUGUUUUCUCAGAGACUGGCGUCAAUGAUGAUGGCUUCCUGAGAGAUCUGGAACCCCCCACUGAAAGCUCUGACUCCCUAUUGGCUGAGGGUCCUGGUGACUCUGACUCUGCUCCCCCCUCUGUGGUCUCUGAAGAUCCCACUCCUCUGCCUGAGUCAGAUGAACUGCUCAACAAGUUUGUUUGCAAGAACAACGGAGUUCUGUUUGAGAAUCAGCUGCUUCAGAUCGGCAUUAAAUCUGAAUAUCGCCAGAACCUGGGGCGGAUCUAUCUGUUCUAUGGCAAUAAGACGUCAGUGCAGUUUGUAACGUUCACGACCACAGUCACCUGCCCAGGAGAGCUACAGUCUCAGCUCAAUGUUCAGUCUAAACCAGUGGAGCCUCUUAUAGAAGGAGGUGCUCAGGUGCAGCAGGUCAUCAACAUUGAGUGUCUGACUGACUUCAGUGAUGCACCACUCCUCAACAUCAAGUUCAGGUAUGGUGGAGCUCUCCAGAAUCUCACCCUCAAGCUGCCUGUUACCAUAAACAAGUUCUUCCAGCCCACAGAGAUGGCAUCACACGACUUCUUUCAGCGCUGGAAACAGCUCAGCCAGCCUCAGCAAGAAGCACAGAAGAUCUUCAAGGCCAGCCAUGCCAUGGACACCGAAGUGCUCAAAGCAAAGUUACUGGGAUUGGGCAUGGCUCUCUUGGAGAAUGUGGAUCCGAACCCAGAGAACUUUGUGUGUGCCGGAGUGAUCCAAAGCAAGGCCCAGCAAGUGGGUUCUCUGCUAAGACUCGAGCCCAACGCACAAGCUCAGUCUGGGGAGCAGAUGUACCGGUUAACCGUGCGCAGCAGUAAGGACACUGUCUCCAAGCGUCUUUGUGAGCUGCUGGCAGAACAGUUCUAGAAAGUGAGCCGAGACUAGCACCAUCUAGAACCGACACCCAGACAAGACCAGCGUUCCUGAGAGACCCCAGAAUAAAGAAUCUACAAAACGCAUUCAUGCAUAAGGGAAAAAGUAGCUGUCAGCCUCUGGCAGCCAUAUUAAUGUCCUUCUGAUAAUGAUUAUUAUUAUUACUGUUGUUAUCAUCAGCGCUGCCCUUUCUUAUUUUUAUCGGUGUUUACCUGUGUGUGAGCAAUGGAGCAAAAGGAAGCGUGCAUGUGUUUUUUUCGUACAUGUGUGAAAGAGUCAUGGUGAUAGUUCCGUUCUCCGUCCUGCCUGUUCAACGAUCAACUCCUGUGCUUGUGUGUGUGUGUGUGUGUGUGUGUGUGUGUGUGUUGUGGGUUGAGGGGGGAGGGAGAAAAGUAAAGCAAAAAGAUGGAAGGGGAGCAAGUCUUCCCUCUCUCCUGUAUUAUCCGCAAAGUUUCAACCGCAAAAACUGCACAUUAGCUGUUUCUUUGGAACAUUCCCUAUAAGACUAUUAGCAGGACAAGAAAACACAAUCUCAAUACACUAAUGCAACGGCACUUCCCUAAAAGAGGCCAGAAUCACUAACCCCCAUUGCUUUCUCUCUCGUUUUCCUCCUCCACUGAAAUCGGUCAAAUCCAGAGCCAUUGGUGUACAUAGAAAAAGUUUUAAAAAAA